CAGCACACUUGAACUGUUCAUCGCAGCAUAAACAAGCAACUAAACCAAAUCAAAAUGAAAUUCGUCAUUGUUAUUGCCGUUGCCUUCCUGGCCUGCGCCUUUGCCGAUGUCUCCGAGCUGGCUCAGCCCGGUUACGACUAUCCCCAGCCCGCUCCCGUUGAGAGCUACAUUCCACCAGCAGCACCCAAGAACGAAUACAUUCCACCAGCGGCUCCAGCUUCAGAGUACAUCCCACCCGCACCCGUUGCCGCUCCCGUUGAUGCCUACAUCCCACCCGCAGAGGAGUCUGUGCUGGAGGAGAUCGAGCAGCCCGCUCAGGAUGGUUACCGUUACAAGACCGUGCGUCGUCGCGUCUUCCGUCACCGCAACUAAAUCCGAGACUUUAUCUCAUUGUUGUUAUUGCUAAGCUCGAGUGUAAUUGAUUUAAUGCAGCUGGAGAGUAAAUUAGAGAAUUUGUUACUGUAAUUGUUGUCUUGCAAUUGCUUUGAUAUCAAAGUAACCACCAGGAUAAUAAAGCCUAAAAUACC